AUGGAAAAAAUUAGUGAUGUAAUGCUUAGUGCAUGCACAUCCAGGGGCGAUUCUGAUGAACGUACAAGCUCACAGAACACAUGGAAGUAUCCUAAUUAUUCCCGUUGCAUGACAAACGACGAUUCGCCGAUUGGCGUCUGCUCCAUGAAGACACAGUCAACAAGUGAAAAUGGAGACUGUGAAGCUGACCAACAAGAAUCGCAACUGAAAGUAAUCAUCGGAGAAGAACAAAACUUCUGCUAUUCCGAUGUUGCCUCCAGUAAGAAUGAUAACACUACGGAAUUUUUUCGGAAACUUACUCCAGGAAAUGAAAAUCACAUUCCAAACAACUCUUUGAACAAAUGUCUUUCUUCUCCUGCCACAAAUGGGUCUAGUGUACUUGAUAUUGAUGAGAACUAUUCAUCUACUGAUAAGUGCGGAGUCUCUGGAACAUCUAGAGUAAGUGAUGAUGAAACGAAAUCAACAAACUCAGAAAAUAAUUCCAAAGCUCAUCUUAAAAGACAAACUGUAGCAUUAAAAAAAACUGGGGAUGACAGACAGUAUGAAUAUGGACAUGCACCUUUAGAAGUCACAAACCAGAACAAUUUUGAUUUAAGCGGUUCUCAAAUGACAAAUAAAUUUCAUAUUGAUACAAAGCGAUGGCGCUUAACUAGUGCGGACAAACUGAACACACUUAUUGAUGAAUGUGAACGUCAAAUAAACGGUCGAAAGCUAUACGUUUGUAAGUUUUGUGGGAAAAUAUAUGAGAUUAAAAGUAGCAUGCGGUACCACAUGAAAAUUAUUCAUCUUCAAAUGCAUUUAAAAACUACAGAAAUGCAGUGUCGUAUAUGUGGUAAACAGUUUACUUGUGUUAGUGCUGUCAAUCGUCACCAGUCGAAAUGUAUUCUGUCCUCGUUGUCGGAGUCCAGAAUGCAAAAGAAUACUUCUAAUCCUUUCGCUAGUCCUACAGCACCAAUGGCGGAAGCUGAAACUAACUGUCAUAUCCCUUUGAAUUCGUUUACUCCACAAACAAUUGAUAACUGCAAAAUAAAUUCAGAUUUAAAUCCUGCCUUGCCCUUUUCAGAUUCAAAUGCAAUUUUAGGAUCACUGAACUCUUCAGAACUACAAAAUGUUAACUUUCAGAGUGCAUUUCGUGUUCCGGAGGUCUGCACAGGUAUAAGUCAACCGGUCCCCGCAGCUAAUAAUUUACAAACGGGAUUGGAUGUUAAAAACUUGGUUCCACAGUCGCAUUUUAUUGGAUUUCCUAAUAAGUUCGAAAAAAAUGAUCCUAAAGAUUUUAAUUUUCCGUCUGCAUGCAAUAUAUUACCAUUUUUGAGCCCUGCUAACAAUUCAGUGGAUUCGCUCAAUCCCCAGGGUAAUUCCUCAAUAUGGCCUUCAAUGUCUACUUUAGGAUGUAACUUUCCCGAACUUACCCCUGAACAAAUUGAUAUUUGCAUGAAAGCGGUGUUUCACGGCAUCUGUUCAACUGUCGAACAAUGUGCUACUACUAAUAAUAAUAACAAUCAAGAUUCUAAUAUAUCAAGCCAAACUUUAGAAAAUACUAUAAAAAUUGAGGACACACAAUGGGAACCAACUAAAAGAGUAUCUGAGACACAAAGAAGUUUGACUACACAAAAAGGUGAAAUGGCUAUAGAUUUGUCCUCACGUCCAAGAUCAGCUUCACUUAUGAUUGAAUCGUUUUAAAUUUUACUCUAUUCCGUAG